GAUUACUCAUUAAAUCGAAUUUUUUUAACUUUACUUGAAAAAAUGGUUAAAAGUAUGAAUUGGACGUAUAAAGAAGAGAAUAAGUUUGAGAAGCGCCGUGCUGAGGGCGAGAAGAUCAAACGUAAAUAUCCGGAUCGGAUUCCUGUUAUUGUUGAGAAGGCGCCGAAAUCUCGCUUACGUGAUCUGGAUAAGAAAAAGUACUUGGUUCCGUCGGAGCUUACUGUUGGGCAAUUCUACUUCUUAAUCCAUAAAAGGAUUCAUCUUCGUCCAGAAGAAACACUUUUCUUCUUUGUUAACACUCUUAUACCGCAGACGAUGACUACCAUGGGACAACUGUAUCAGGAUCAUCACGAAGAGGAUCUCUUCCUCUACAUAGCCUAUAGCGAUGAAAACGUCUAUGGUGGAGAGGAUGGUGGAGGAACACAAACCUGA